CCGUCACCAACCUAGCUCGCGAGACAGCUCAUCAUUUGGCAGCGACACCCCGCAGCCCAGCUUCCAGCCACCGGCCACCGCCAUCAUCAUCCUCGCGAGCUCGCCUCCCUCCUCUCCCCUCCCCGUGUUCCUCUCCUUCCUCCUCCUCCUCCUCGAUUGGCCAGCCGCAUCCAGCAUCCUUCUUGGGGGUUUCGUCGAGGUCGGUGGUUGGAAGGGAGGAGAGGUGGGGGGAGCCAUGGCGAUGCGGCUGUCUUCGGCGGCCGUGGCGCUCGCGCUGCUUCUGGCCGCCACCGCCUUGGAGGACGUUGCCAGGGGCCAGGACACCGAGAGGAUCGAAGGGAGUGCGGGUGAUGUGCUGGAAGAUGACCCUGUCGGGAGGCUUAAGGUGUAUGUCUACGAGUUGCCCACUAAAUACAACAAGAAGAUGGUGGCAAAAGAUUCCAGAUGCCUCAGCCACAUGUUUGCUGCAGAGAUUUUCAUGCAUCGAUUCCUCUUGUCAAGUGCGAUCCGGACUUUAAAUCCGGAGGAAGCUGAUUGGUUCUAUACUCCAGUAUACACGACGUGCGAUCUUACUCCAUGGGGUCAUCCCUUGCCCUUCAAGUCUCCAAGGAUUAUGAGAAGUGCAAUUCAGUUCAUUUCCUCGCAUUGGCCCUAUUGGAACAGGACAGAUGGGGCAGACCAUUUCUUUGUUGUGCCACAUGAUUUCGGAGCAUGCUUCCAUUAUCAGGAAGAGAAGGCCAUUGAGCGGGGAAUCCUGCCAUUGCUUCGCCGUGCGACGCUGGUCCAGACUUUUGGGCAGAAGGAUCAUGUCUGCCUCAAGGAAGGGUCCAUCACAAUCCCACCAUAUGCUCCUCCUCAGAAGAUGAAAACUCACCUUGUUCCCCCAGAGACACCUCGAUCAAUCUUUGUCUAUUUCCGUGGUUUAUUCUAUGAUACCGCAAAUGAUCCUGAGGGUGGUUACUAUGCAAGAGGUGCCCGUGCAUCGGUGUGGGAGAACUUCAAGAACAAUCCUCUUUUUGACAUCUCCACAGACCACCCACCAACCUACUACGAGGACAUGCAGCGUUCCAUCUUCUGCUUGUGCCCUCUAGGCUGGGCUCCGUGGAGCCCCCGGUUGGUUGAAGCCGUUGUGUUCGGCUGCAUUCCAGUGAUCAUUGCAGACGACAUUGUCCUACCUUUUGCGGACGCGAUCCCGUGGGAUGAGAUCGGUGUAUUUGUGGCGGAGGACGACGUCCCAAAGCUGGACACCAUCCUGACAUCGAUACCAAUGGAUGUGAUCCUGCGGAAGCAGAGGCUGCUAGCGAACCCGUCGAUGAAGCAGGCCAUGCUGUUCCCGCAGCCCGCCCAGCCAGGUGACGCCUUCCACCAGAUACUCAACGGGCUGGGACGGAAGCUUCCACACCCGAAGAGCGUGUACCUGGACCCGGGGCAGAAGGUGCUGAACUGGACCCAGGGCCCGGUGGGUGACCUGAAGCCAUGGUAGGUCAGAUGCACCCACCCACCAUACAUAGUUGCUGCUGUCCUCGCUUGUUUGUGCGCACAGCACAUUCUUCAGAAGAUCAGAUGAGAGACUGAUGAUGAUCAGUAAAAGAAAACCAAGCCAAUCCGUUAAAUGUAAAGCCUCCUUUCUUCCUUCCUCCUACUACCUUUGCUUCUUUUUGAGACGAUGUGCCCUGCCUGCCCUGCGCCCUUGCCAGUGACAUUCCCUUGGUUUUUAUGUUGUUGUUGCUGUAGUAGUAUUAGACAACUGGUACCUAUAGGCGAUGAAGGUGUUGUAUCAUAUACUUAAGUGCUACCUCCGUUUUUUAAUAGAUGACGCCGUUGACUUUUUCUCACAUGUUUGACCCUUCGUCUUAUUCAAAAAAUUUACGUAAUUAUAAUUUAUUUUGUUAUGAGUUGUUUUAUCAUUCAUAGUACUUUAAGUGUGAUUUAUAUCUUAUACAUUUGCAUAAAAUUUUUGAAUAAGACGAAUGGUCAAACAUGUAAGAAAAAGUCAACGGCGUCAUCUAAUAAAAAACGGAGAGAGUAGUACUAGUAAGUUGAUGAUUUAUGACGGGCAAAAAAUAUGUAAGGUUAUAUCACAACAUUCAGAGCCCCAAUCCAGAUGGAUGGAUGGAUU